GGCGGCGCGCAGGGGCCGGGCGGGCGCGGGGGGCGCCGGGGGGCCGGGCGCGGGGGGGGCCGCCCGCCGCCCCCCCGCGGCCCGCGAUGCCCCGCUCCCUCCGGCGCUGCGGGCUGGCGCUGGCCGUGGCGGCGGGCUGCGCGCUGGCGCUCUGCCUCCUCUGGCGCGGGGGGCCGGCCGCCGGGCGAGGCGAGCGCGGCGCGGCGCCGGGCAGCGAGCUGAACCAUAAACCGCGAAGUCUGUCCAGCAGCCAGUUAAAACAUCUGACCUCCCAGCUCGAUCUGCAACGCCUCUGGAAGACUUGCCUGCAGCCCAUGCUGGUCGAGAGGUAUCCGGGCAGUCUCGGCAACGUCAGAGUCCGGCAGUUCAUCAUGGAAAAGCUGAGGGCGCUGGAAGCUUCUUGGCAGGUGGAGCUGGAUGCUUUUGAGGACCGGACCCCACAUGGCAUGGUCAGCUUUGCCAACGUGGUGGCCACGCUGGACCCCACGGCCACCUGGCGCCUGGUACUUGCCUGCCACUACGACUCCAAGUAUUUCCCCCGAGACAAACACGGACGGGCCUUCGUGGGGGCCACGGAUUCGGCCGUGCCCUGCUCCAUCCUACUGGAGCUGGUGACUGCCCUGGACAAGCUGCUCCUGAAAGCCAGGGGGCAGGGUUCGAAAAUAACACUGCAGCUGCUCUUUUUCGAUGGGGAAGAAGCUUUCCAGGAGUGGAGCAAGACCGACUCUCUCUAUGGGGCCCGUCACCUAGCCGAGCACAUGGGGAGGGCCCCACAUCUCCAGGGCAUCACUCAGCUCCAGGCCAUUUCUCUCUUCGUUUUGCUGGACUUGCUGGGCGCCCCCCGGCCAACCAUCCAGAAUCACUUCCUUGCAACAGCCGGCUGGUUCAAGAGGCUUAUCAGCAUCGAAGAGCGGAUGCAUCAGCUCAGCCUGCUCCAGUCCCACUCCCAGGAACAGCCGUAUUUCCAGAGGGACUCCCCCUACGGUUUUAUCGAAGACGAUCACACACCCUUCCUCAGGAAAGGUGUUCCAGUCCUCCACCUCAUUGCCACCCCGUUCCCCAGGGUCUGGCACACCCUGGAGGACACGGAGGCAAACCUGCACCCGCCCACCGUGGAGAACUUGAGCAAGAUUCUCGCUGCGUUCCUGGCAGAAUACCUGUGGCUCUAAGGUGGCGGUGGGGUGUUCUCCGAAGUCGGAAGCCCCUUUUGGCCCUGCCAGACGUGGAAUGACUGCGGACGUGCCUGGAACGACGAUGUGGGGACUGGCUUCCUGGAGGGGAUGGCGGUGGUCCAGGAGCCAAAGGGGACCGCGAUGCUGUGGAAGGCAGUCGGAAGGUGUGCGAAUUCUCCCCGGACCUCUGGAAGUCGUACUUAGCCCACCACAAAGGCUGUAUGGGGUGCAGGUAUCUCCCAGUGAUGGCAACUGGGAAGCCAAAAUGGUUGAGGGAGAAGAAGUUGGUCAAGGGAUGGACUUGCCUGCCUCUGGGGUGGGGUUUCUUAAAAGAACAGACAUUACCAAAGAUUUGGGGAAGCAUGGACUUCUUUUGCUCUUCGAAAGAGCAAUUUGGCAUAGACAAAAAUUGGCCUUCCCCUUUGGCUUUUUAAAAACAAGAUUCUCUCUGGAGCCAUCUGGAAACCAAGCGUGGCUUAACUUGCAUAAGUAGUCCUUGACUUACGACCGCAAUGGGAAUAGAACUUCCAUUACUAAGUGAGGCUGUUGUUAAGUGAGUCACACCCAAUUUCACUUUUGCCAUGGUCAUUAAGUGAAUCAUAGUCAUUAAAUGAAUCCAGCUUCCCCUGUUGACUUUGCUUGUUGGAAGCUGGCUAGGAAUGUUGCGAUCACAUGACCCCGGGAUGCCACAACUGCUGAAAAUACAUGCUGGUUGCCAAGCACCUGAAUCUGAUUAUGUGACCCUGGGGACGCUGCGACCGGUUACAAGUCACUUUUCAGUGCUGUCUAACUCCAAACAGUGGCUAAACAAAUGGUUGUAAGACAAGGACUACCUGUAGCCUAAAAAAGGGUCCAGCUCUUGAUCACCUGGGUCUUAAUGUGCAAUGGUGACCAUGCGGGAACGGCCAGUUGUCCUUUGAGCUCGUGUGGCUGCAGUGAGGCAGGCCGUGGGCAAAGUGGCCUUGGUCUCCUACCUCUGCCCCCUUUUUCUACUUUAUCCCAAGCAAAGCGGGUCUCUUAAAAAAAUUAGGAUUGCUUUUACCUCACAGGCACCCUCUGUGCGAUUCACAACUCUGAAAGAAUCCCUGCGAUUUGUGAGGUGGUUUAAACAUGGAGGAGCCUGCGCCAAUAGAUGCCAUUUAUAAAUGUUUCCUAUGCAAGUAAAGCACCUUGCAAGUAAAAAGCUAGCACACCAGGGAUUUUUGACAUUCGGAGGCAACUCAUUUGUGGGUUCUUUUUCCAAGAAACAUUCCUCCUUUCAUGUGAUCCGCUGUGGUAUAACUUGUUUUUCCACUCUGGGACUCUGUUCACACCGUCCUGCCCGCCUGCUGCUUUGUGUGUUGAUUUGGGCCCCUUGUUUCCUUUUGGAGGAAAAAAACUUCCAAGAAAAGUUUUCUGUUUUUGUGGGUCGACCACAUUUCCUAAGAGUUGGGGAUGAUUUGGUGGGCAAAAUGGAACUAGUCAUAACGCUCUGAUCUGCUGGAAUUCUGGUCUUCAGCAAAAUUAAACGGAAUGUACAGUAGUUAAAUAUA